AUGUUGAAGUGUGAUUUGAAGCGAAUAAUAACAAUUUGGUGCGACGGUACGGCAGUCAACACCGGUAACAAGGCUGGAAUCAUUUGUCUUCUAGAAAAGAAACUUCAUCGCCCUCUUCAAUGGCUCGUGUGUCUAUUGCAUACCAACGAACUUCCUUUACGACAUCUGUUUGAGCAUCUUGAUGGGAAAACUACAGGACCAAGAAGUUUCACAGGCGUCAUUGGUAAAGCGUUGAAGGGUUGUGAGAAUCUUCCAGUUGUUCAAUUUACACCCAUCGCAUGUAAACUACCAGAUAUUUCAAAAUCACGUAGUGAUCUCAGUACAGAUCAGCUUUACUUGUAUGAAAUAUGUGACGCAGUUAGCAGAGGACAAUGUGACGUAAGUUUAGCCAAGUGA